UGCGCUGCCGCACGUCCGCGGAGUCCCCGCUGCUCUUCGGCGCCGUGGCUGCGGCCUCGCCGGAGCCGGAGCCCCGCGGCAGGUCGCAGGUAGCACACGGGCCACAAGAAGAAUCCAAAUACAACUGAAGACCAUGGCAACACACUGGAGAAGAAUCCUGACGGCAUUUGUGACAGCUCAAGUACUAUUUGUGGUAAAUGCCUUUGAGGAAGAGGACGUACCGGAGGAAUGGAUUCUUCUUCAUGUUGUCCAAGGUCAGAUUGGAGCAGGAAACUACAGCUAUUUGAGACUAAAUCACGAGGGAAAGAUUGUUCUUCAGAUGCGGAGUUUAAAAGGUGACGCAGACUUGUACGUGUCUGAUGUGACACUUCACCCCAGCUUCGACGAGUACGAGUUACAGUCCGUAACUUGUGGUCAGGACGUCGUCCACGUGCCCGCGCACUUCCGCCGCCCUGUGGGAAUAGGGAUUUAUGGCCAUCCCUCUCACCUGGAGAGCGAGUUUGAAAUGAAGGUGUACUACGAUCGAACAGUUGUGCAGUACCCGUUUGGGGAGGCUUCUUAUAACCCUGAGGAGAUGGAGGCACACCAGAAAUAUUCACAGUCUACAGAAGAUGAAUCUCAGGAUGAGGAGUCUGUUUUCUGGACUAUACUUAUUGGAAUCUUGAAAUUAAUACUUGAAAUCCUUUUUUAAAAUUGACACACACUGGACUUAAGUUACACUUCAUCCUGUGAAAUUGGUAUGAAUGACUCACUGUAAUAUUUAAUACUUGCUAUGUUUCCUGAAGAUAUAUUCAGGUUACAUUUCCUAAACCAGAAAGGAAGUGGG